GUUCGACUCCACCUGCGGCCUCGUGAUGCUUGUUCGCAUGUUCAUGUUAUUAUUUCCGCAAUGGCAACCUCGAGUCUCCGAUAGAACCCUACACCUCCUACAAUAAUGAGCAGCAAUGCCUCGUCUGCUCCGAGACGCGAGAGCUACUUCGAAAAGCCAAGUGCCUAUUUCCAAAAAAAUGUUCCCGGGAUAAGCUACCUCCAAUACUCGCUUGACAAAGAGCCCGAGUAUCUCCCCCAGAUCCGCGAGUUGAUCUCCAAAGACCUUUCCGAACCGUACAGCAUCUAUGUGUACCGAUACUUUCUCUACCAAUGGGCCGAAUUGUGCUUCAUGGCAGUUGACACCACUGACAACAAUAAGUUGGCUGGCGUGGUCAUCUGUAAACUCGAACCACAUCGAGGGGGCCCUUUAAGAGGAUAUAUCGCAAUGCUGGCCACCAAAGAUAAGUUCCGCGGCAAAGGCAUUGCUACCACACUGGUCAGCAAAGCCAUUGAUUUGAUGAUCGAGAAAGAUGCGGACGAGAUUGCGCUUGAGACCGAGGAAACGAACACAGCAGCCAUGAAGCUGUAUGAGCGGUUAGGUUUCUUGAGAAGUAAAAAGCUGCACCGGUACUACUUGAACGGGAACAGCGCAUACCGACUGCUGCUGUAUCUGAAAGAGGGGGUGGCCAGUAUGCAGACUGAACAGGACUAUUAUGGCGAUUUUUCAGGCCAUGGUCAGGAUGAACCAAGGGACCAGCAGCGAGGAUUCGAGGACAUUUUCAGCCAGGGAAUAGUCUGAGCAAGCUUUUGGUCUACGAAGGACAGCACAGCAUGAGAUACAGUCAUCGAAAUCUGUCUGGUUGAUCUUGCUGAGCAUCUAUGCUCAACAACGGUGGUCCGCGGCCUAUCAGCCUAUGAUAUCUGACGGCUACGCUUGAGGCAUGGACCAAAUCCCAAGAAGUGCCAUCUUACAAGCCAGCCGAAGAGGGCAUCACGAAGACAAGGGAUCCAUAUCCGUCCACUAUUGGGAAUGGCUCAAAUUCAACAGGUUUGGAGAGGGUUAUAGACAACCGCCAAUCCAUUCCUCCCAUCUUCCGACUCCCUUGCCUGCUUCUUCACCUUUUACGGCUCCUCCAACGACGUCGAUACGAAUGCCGUACUCCUCCUCCAUCAACUUGAAGCUGAACUUCUCUUCACCCCCACCACCGAGAAUUUCAUCUUCCCCAUCGACAUCCGGCUCCUGGCCUACGGUAGCAAGACCCUUACUCCUGGACACUCGGACUCUUUCGAUUUCUGUCUGCAGCCGUUCCUUUACCGCCCCGGGAGGCAGCGCAGUAAACAGAUCUUGCUUGUUUGCUGCGACCAGAAUCGGUAUAUCCGUCUUUGCGGCCUUGGCUGACGUCUUCGCGGCUUUCCGUUUUUGUAGGACGAGUAAGGUGUCAUGAAGAUACGCCGCCGUGUCGCGCGAAGCAGGAGAAUCACUCGAAUCAAGGACGCUGGCAUCGACAACGAAAAUCACUCCACGAAGCGAAGGGCUUUGUAUUUGAGGCAAUGCCUGUUCGGUUCUCAGUUUGCCGUGUCCAGGAGUGUCUAUCAUGACAUAUCGAGUGGGCUGCUUCUCCCUCAAGGACACAUCGUUUUCGGAACGGUAUUUAUCAGAUCCCAGAGGGACCGAGGGCGGAAGUAGCAAGGGGGCUCGCCAUGAUACUUGGGAAGUUCGGGUGACGGCUGGCUCUGCGUUUUCUAGUUCGGCAGAUCUCUUUUGUAGCUAGAUAGAAUUAGCUCGAGCAUGGUAGCAAAUACCAGGCAGAUUCCUCACCAGAGUGACCAAUGCAGUCUUCCCUGCGUUGCUAGGGCCC